AUGUCACUUAUCUCUGCUGGUGCUGGAAGUAUUCAGUAUAACUCGGUUGGGCCUGGGAAUCAGAUCAUUCACAAUCGCGAAGAAGGCAUCAAGAUCACCAUCAACUUUGGUAACGGCCACGCUCAUACGACCGACCCACAUAAUAACGCUGUAGGAAACGAAUCCAGCAUCCACACUACGAGAAAUACAGACCCAGAAGUCGUGAUUGAUCACAAUGCCAGUGCCACGAAUGCCCCGAAUUGCAUGAGCGAAGAUCCUGAGGCAGACCAGCCGGAUGUGACCGUGUCUGGCCAGUGGGGCCCCGAAGAUGCUCUCAAUAUGGCACAAGGCAAGUCGAAUUUCCUACCCACUGGUUCCCCAGAACACCCUUGA